AUGUUGGUCCCCAUUUUCACCCUCAAAUUGAGCCAUAAAAUUAACCCUCGCAUGGUGACUGUAGGCAAAUUUGAUGGCGUCCACCCGUGCCUCACUGCAGCAACACAAGCUGGAAAGGUUUUUAUUCACAACCCUCACACUCGUGCUCAAAAACCUGCCAGUCACCGACUGAGUCAAAGCACCCAAGAUUCGGACAUUUCCCUUCUCAACAUCAACCAGGCAGUGACUUGUCUGACUGCAGGUACUCUGGGCCCAAACACUACUGGUGAUACAUUGUUGGUGGGAUCUCAGACCAACCUGCUGGCCUAUGAUGUCCAUGACAAUACAGAUGUAUUCUACAAAGAGGUGUCGGAUGGCGCUAAUGCAAUCGUACUGGGGAAACUCGGGGAAAUCCCGAAUCCUCUUGCCAUCAUUGGAGGGAACUGUGCCUUACAAGGAUUUGAUUAUUUGGGCAAUGACCUCUUCUGGACUGUAACGGGAGAUAAUGUGAGAUCACUUGUACUCUGUGACUUCACUGGGGAUGGUAAAAAUGAGCUCCUGGUUGGAUCUGAGGAUUUUGACAUCAGGGUUUUCAAAGAGGAUGAGCUUGUGUCUGAGAUGACUGAAAAUGAAACCGUAACAUCACUGUGUCACAUGCACAGUAGCCGAUUUGGUUACGCCCUGGCUAAUGGCACUGUUGGAGUCUAUGAUCGCAAUUCUCGGUACUGGAGGAUCAAGUCUAAAAAUCAUGCAAUGAGCAUCCACGCCUUUGACUUGAACGCUGAUGGGGUGGUGGAGCUCAUCACUGGCUGGUCCAACGGAAAGAUUGAUGCCCGAAGCGACCGCACAGGCGAAGUCAUUUUUAGAGACAACUUCUCCUCCUCUGUGGCUGGAGUGGUAGAGGGAGACUACAGAUUGGAUGGGCAGAAACAACUUAUCUGUGCCUCUGUAGAGGGAGAAGUUCGUGGCUACCUGCCUGCUGGAAAAGAGUUGAAAGGCAAUCUCAUGGACUCCAGUGCUGAACAGGACCUCAUUCGAGAGCUCAGCCAUCGCAGGCAGAAUCUACUGCUGGAACUCCGCAACUAUGAAGAGAACGCGAAGGUACACAUGAUGAAUGUUAGAGGUGUGUCGGACAGCACAGCUGGGGGGAUUCCAGCCAAUACUCAGCUCCAAACAGCUCUCACAGUAAGAGCUGCGACUGAGGUCCAGAAAGCACACGUGGAGCUUUGCAUCACAACACCAAAUGAAACCAUAAUCCGUGCAGUACUCAUCUUUGCGGAAGGCAUUUUCGAGGGGGAGAGCCAUGUUGUUCACCCCAGUGUCCAGAACCUUUCAGGUUGUGUUCGAGUCCCUAUCGUGCCUCCAAAAGACAUACCAGUAGAUUUGCACGUCAAGGCCUUUGUUGGUGGGAAAACUAGCACCCAGUUCCACGUAUUUGAAAUCACCCGGCAGCUGCCCCGUUUCUCCAUGUAUGAUAUCACAGUUGACCCCACAGCUCCUCCUCCUACCGGAAGAGUUACGUUCACUAUCAAUGACCGGCCACAGCGUGUUGCAAUGUGGCUGAACCAAAACUUCUUACUUCCUGAGGGUGUCGAUAGUCCUGAUGUUACUUUUAAUGCCCUUCGUGGAGGGGGACUGUUAAGCAUCAGCAUGGCGACUAACGGACAGAUCACUCUGAAAACUGAUGAUAUCGACCUGGCUGGAGAUUUGGUCCAAUCACUGGCCUCUUUCCUGGCAAUUGAGGAACUAUCAGCAGAGGCAGACUUUCCAACUUAUUUUGAGGAGCUUCAAACUACACUCACUGAGGUGGACGAGUUUCACGCUGUUCACCAGAAGCUAACUGCGGAAAUGGCAGACCACUCUAACUACAUCAAGCACAUGCUUGUUCAAGCAGAAGAUGCUCGCUUGAUGGGUGACAUGACUUCCAUGAAGAAGCGUUACAGAGAACUUUACGAUCUAAACCGAGACCUUGUCAGCGAGUACAAAAUUCGCUCGAAUAAUCACAACGCUCUGCUAGGCUGCCUCAAGUCUGUCAACCAAGCAAUCCAGCGAGCUGGCCGACUUCGAGUGGGUAAACCAAAGAGCCAAGUCAUCUCAGCAUGUCGGGAUGCCAUUAAGAGCAAUAAUGUGAGCGCACUCUUAAGGGUCAUGAGAGCUGGUGUGGCUGCCUCUUGA